UAUAUCAGGAAGUAAGCAGAAGUGUCGCAGAUGUCACUCGAUGUAUCACUUUGAAAGAAAAAUGAGGAAGGAAGGCACACACUUAAUGAAAUCAGACCUGUAUGUGAACAUGUCAGAGGAAACCUAUAGCUGUGGCUACUAUGAAGACACUGGACCUUUCAACAACCAAAAAAGGAAUUUUGGUGGGAUCUGUAAUUCAUUUUUAACUUUUUAACAUUUUAAAACUUUUUCCUCUGUUUUCUCUCUACCUAAAACUACACGUUACUUGACUUAAGUAUGUGUAUGCUCUGCAAUCGUGUGUUCCUUUUCAUAAAUGCUUAUGAAAACAGGUUACAGUCCAAAGAAAACUGGAUCUAUACAGUGUAACAAGUGCUUGACAAUAAAGCUAUAAUUAUAAGCACUUGCAUUUAAUUCAUAAAUUAACAUUUUUUUCUAUAAAAAAGGUGUAGAAGUGAAAGGAAAAUGGUAUGAAUUUAAUUCCUACUGUAUGUUACAUGUUCUGUACAGGAGAAAAACUGUACAAACUGGUUGUUCUGAGCAUUGGACUUUUGUGCGUCCUUCAAGCUGGUCUCAACAUUACCCUGCGCACUUCUCUCUAUGGUUGUGAAGACACUGAGGCAGUGCUAAAAAACAUGACCAAAGAGAGAGAUGAGAUGAUGAAGAAGCUGACUACGUUUGCUGAUUAUUCCCACCAAGGAUGGGUGUAUUUCAGCGGUAGUUUCUAUUAUAUAUCUUUGGAGAAAAAGUCCUGGAAGGAAAGCAGAAGUUACUGUCAGCAGAGGAAUGCAGACCUGGUGAUUAUCAACAGCAGAGAAGAACAAGAGUUUACAAGACGUUUCCGAAAGGAAAUCUGGAUCGGACUGACUGACAGAGAGGAAGAAGGGAUAUGGAAGUGGGUGGAUGGGACUCCGCUAACCACAAGGUUCUGGGGCAGAGAUGAACCCAACAGUCAUAAAGGCAGAGAUGAAGACUGCGGAGAGAUAAAGUUCUAUGAUAAUGAAAAGAGCUGGAAUGAUAAACCAUGUGACAUAGAAAAUGUCUGGAUAUGUGAAAUGACUCUGGCUUUAUAAGAAUCUGUACCAGACAGUGAAAGUCCUUAAAGCAUUUGGUGUUAUGUUAUAUUGUGGAGAAGCUGCUGAUAAAGUAGUUUGCUAACAUAUACAGUAAAAGGUGUUAAAAGGUAUAAAGAAUUUCUGUGAUUUUUUCCCAUCAAUAUACACUGGAAAACUGUAAAGGUAGUGAAAAAUGUGUUUUUUUGGAAAUGUUUGAUAAUUGGUUAAUUUGUUACAAAUGCAAGAACUGAAAUAUCUAAAGUACCUAAGCAUUUUCUCAGCAUCCCACUUAUGACUUUGCAGAAGUAGACUACAAGAUGACAACAAGAAGAUGUCAAGCUAUAUAUAUCACAUGGGUUAUGCAAUGCUACAUGCACCAUAUUUUGUACAUGCUUCUUGUUGCUGAAGUGUCAACACUUUGUAUUGUAUUAUCACCAUUAGGAGUACAAGUUUAAGACGAGUUUAAGAGCCUUGUUGACUAUCAUGUUGAGCUGUCUUUCUAACUAAAUUAAACUCUAAAAUAAAUGGUCACUGUUGCUGUUUCGUAUUAGACACUUCCAAAGAAAAGUUGGCCUUCAUGGAUAUCAUUCAGCUUCUUGUAGGAAUCUGACCAAGAUCUAGUUGGAGCAUCAAUGUUCCUCAUAAAGACGCUGUUUAAGAGGCUCAAAAUACUAAAUAAAAAAAAAAAAACACAAAACAAAA